AUCGUCAUUCCUUUAUUACAUACCUAUAGCACCUAUAGCACCUACAUAUGCAUACCAAUGUAGUAUAUAGUAAAAGGUCGAAUGCGAUAGCCAAGUCUCGAAGUUUGCGGUCUAUGGGCCAGUAAUCUACAUACUUGCUAUCCAUAAGCAGGAUGGCUUCAAUGCUGGAGUUCCGCACACCCGGCUGGAAUCCUUAUGCCGUCAAGUACUCGCCCUACUACGACUCGCGCAUCGCUGUCGCAACCGCCGCAAACUACGGCAUCGUAGGCAAUGGCCGUGUCUUUUGCCUAGGCUUGGGACCCCAAGGUAUCCAGGUUGAGAAAACCUUCGACACGAACGAUGCUCAGUAUGACCUCGCUUGGUCCGAGAUUAACGAGAACCAGCUACUGGUCGCAUGCGGCGAUGGCUCCAUAAAGCUCUAUGACAUGAAUGUGAACGACUUCCCCAUAAUGAAUUUUCAUGAGCACAAGCGAGAGGCCUUCUCGGUAGCGUGGAGUCCUGUCACUAAAGACACAUUUGCGUCUAGUUCUUGGGACGGCACUGUCAAAAUCUGGUCGCCAGCGAGAAAGGAUUCCAUCCAAACUCUUCCCGUCGGGAACUGUACCUAUAGCACAGCUUAUUGCCCUUCCAAUCCAUCUCUCAUCUCCGCUGUCUCCACCGACUCGCAUUUGCGCCUAUUCGACCUUCGAACGCCGGCCAGUGCCCAAUACCACUUGACAGCCAAGAUUCCAGUUCACGUCCCGUCUCCUGCCCCACUCCCACAAGGACCCUCCCCUCCUGCCGUGCCGGGUGAGAUCUUGACGCAUGACUGGAACAAAUACAACCACACAGUGAUCGCAACCGGAGGCGUGGAUAGAGUGAUACGGACGUUUGACAUACGGAACCCUUCUGGCGGGCCCGCUUCCGUGAUGAUGGGCCACGAGUAUGCGGUCCGAAGGCUAGCGUGGAGCCCGCACGCCAGCGAUAUACUCGUCAGUGCAAGCUACGACAUGACAGUACGUCUGUGGACGGAUGGGUCCACGAUGCCAGCCCAACAGGCUUCUCCGGUCAAGGCCGGGAUUCAACUUGGUAUCAUGAACAGGCAUACCGAAUUCGCCACCGGCGUUGACUGGUGUCUGUUCGGUGUUGGGGGUUGGGUGGCUACCGUUGGUUGGGAUGAGAGGGUACUCUUGUGGGAUGCAAACGCGAUGUUGCGGGGACAGGCAUAACCAUAGCUGUUGGAAAGUCAAGGUAGAAAGGAUAAGACUCAUGUGCGCCGUAUAUGAAAAUAUUGCAUUGGGGGCGUUCAGGAAGGUUCCGAGGGAUUGUGUUACUAGUGACUAGUGAUAACCUACCGUGUUUUAGACAUAUCCAAUGUAUAUUGGUUUGCAUGUGGGUUCAAUAGACGGAAACUCGAAGUUUUGGGUACCGCAU